AUGGCUUUCAAGGCCCCAUCCCUCCUCAACUUUUCCAAUCAAAUCAACUUUCAAAGCUUGACUUGGGCUAUAAUUUCCUCUCAGGGUCUUUUACAGCUUCAAGUUCUUUACCUUGAGGAAAAAAACCUUGAAGGGCCCAUUCCUGAGACUCUGUGGAGUCUUGAAAAUCUGCAAGAGCUUGUUCUUUCAGGGAACAAAAUCAAUGGAACUAUAUCUGAUAAGACUGGUAAUUGCAAGCAGUUGGUUGUUGUUGCUCUCUCAGGUAAUAAUUUGGUGGGUUACAUUCAUAAAUCAGUAGGAAAUCUAAGCGGCUUAAACAGUUUGUUUCUCUUUGAUAACAUGCUUGAGAGCUCAUUACCUGCUGAACUUGGAAACUGCAAUUCACUUGUAGAACUCAGGCGUCAGAAUAACUUUAUUGGAGGAACUAUCCCUCCAGAAAUUUGCAAUCUUGAGAAACUUGAGGUUCUUUAUCUAUUCAAUAAUUGUAUCGAAGGUUAUAUUCCGAUUGAGAUUGGUAAUAUGAACAACCUAGUGCAGUUGGCUGUGUAUAACAACAGUUUGACAGGUAGAAUCCCAUCAGCAAUAACUGAUUUGAAGAAACUUAAAUUUCUAUCCGUAGCUCACAAUAAUCUCAUUGGCGAGGUUCCAUCUGAGCUUGGGAAAAAUUAUCCAUAUCUAGAAAAAUUGGAUUUAACUGGGAACAGUUUUUAUGGGGCAAUUCCUUCUAGCAUAUGUACUGGCAAUAAACUUUCUGUUUUAUCCCUCGGAAACAAUCAUUUUAAUGGGAGCUUCCCAAUUGAAAUCGGAAAAUGUUCAUCUCUCAGUAGAGUAAUUCUAAGGAACAAUCUUCUCCAAGGAAGUAUUCCUACUAACUUGGAUAGUGAUAGACCUCCCAUUAAAAAUGUCUAUCAAUACAAAGGGCAUAAGGGGCAUUUGGGGCAGUAA